UAGCUAAGAAGGUUUUUCAUGUUCUAAAAACUGAUUUUGAAAACUUUGAAUUGGAGUUCUCGGAGACAAGACGGAGAUCAAGUAGGAGGCCUCAGGGAGAAGCCAAGGGUUUGAAUUUUAACUCGAGUCCUAGGUUCGCUACAAAUGUCAAAUCCAGGUGUAUGACUACUGAUGUUUCGUCAAAAGGCACACGACGUUCUUUAAAUGGUCCAUCAAAUCUAAGGAGAAAUAUCCAAGGAAAACCUGGGUUCUCUUGUACUCGUGUUGACACUAGAGAACAUGAUUUUCCCGCUGGUGCUAAAGACGGUAGAAGAUCUAAUUUUGUUGAAGUGGAUCGGCGUUGCACAUAUAAACCAUGGUUAUCCUUCCACAAUGAAAAUGAUUCUAUUUUUUCAACAAUUCAUAGUGCCCCACAACCAUUGUCUCCUGUGAAUCAAUGUGAUAUUAGCUACAGGGAAAGUUUGAUCUUGUUUGCUAAAGGUUUAGGACCAACAGCCCAAAUGGUUGCGAACCGAAAGUUACAAGGAUGCUUGAAAGAUGAUCCCAAUUUUCAAACUCCAGCUUCAAACUCUUUCAUACAAGUUGCUACAGGUCAAGUUCCUGCUGCAUUUGCCUCUGCUCAUAAUGGUCCUAGUACUCUGGAUACAUUAACCCCAAAUACGUCUUGGGACUUAUUUGAUCCCCUUCCUGGGUGUUGUUCAGCCCUUAAAACAACAACUACUGACAUAAUUGAUUUGACUGACGCUGAUGACGGAGAAAAGGCUCAUACGAGUGAUAGGAUGGGUGAUCGUAGUGGUUUGGGGGGGAAAAUUGUGACCAACCGCGAACGUGAUGGGAAGAAGACUUUUAGUAUUAGUGACAGAGACAAGGUUCUCGAGAAACAAAUCAGCAACACUCAUCUGGGAUUGAGUUCUUCUACUUCUGCAGCUGAAGUUUUGAAUUCCUGCAAGUCUGUGGCUGCAACAGUGGACUCGAGAAAAACAGAUAGUCAAGUGCAGCCAUCAAAUUUAGCUUCAGAGAAUUCUUGCUCAAACAAGUUUGAAUUCAAGUUGAGAAACAGUAACAGUUCAACACCAUCAUCUUCAUGGAUCUGGCAUACCGGUGGGGUCUCAAGUUUGAAUCUGUCCGAUGGCACCAUGGCAGCUGCAGUGGGACCAAAAGGUGAGAAGAGUAGCUCCUCCCUGCAGGAAGGGGGCCACACUGUGGAAUCAAAUGGAGUCGUGCCAUUAGUCUCUCCGUUUGCUUUUGAUCUACCAUUCUUGAAAGCACGGCUUAACCAAUUCCAGCAAGUUUCUGUUAAUGAGGGACCAAUUCCAUCAUCAUCAUCAUCCUUGAGCCAAGUAAGCAACAGGCAAAGGACUUUUGGGCAUACCCACCAAGCAGAACUGACCAUUCAAUCUUCUCAGUUGGCUAUGGCUAUUAAUAAUCAACAAUAUUCAGUACCAUCUGACACUCCGGAUACUAAUUUGGCUUUACAGCUGCAGCUUUAA